UGUGCGGGACUGACUGCGGACGCACCGGAUCCACUGUUGAGCGCCGAACAACUCCAAACAAGAUCCAAGGCUAAAACACGCGUCAUUUACUCGCAAAGGAAGCGCCGAACUGCUGGAGUUUCCCAUCUGUUUUUAUCCUUGAGACGAAACUGUUUGCACCUUUCGGCACGCGAGCCAGGAGCGGACAGUAGCUGAUAUCCCGUCUAUCAGCAUGCGCUAAAACGCCAGACCAUACAAUAUAAGCAGCAGCAAACCUCGGGAGUUUACUUUUCAUGGUUCUUCUUGAAAGAAAAUCCAAAUGGAAUUGGACAGAAAUUUUUGGCAGUCCUGUGACUGACAGUUAAGCUUUGUUCCAGGACACUUUGAACAUGGAUAUAGGUCGAUAAAUUUCGGACAAAACUGUUGCAUAUCUACAGCGCAUCUCUAUGAUCUGGGAUCAAAAGCGAAAGGAGUCUAUUUUAAAUCUGACACAUGAUCAGGACCGGAUUUGUGCACCAACCCGAACCCCAACACGGUAUUGAUGGUCCUUAUACCUGUGUGCGUGCCACUCACCUCCUAUCUGGCGUGAUUUUAUCUUUUGUAAGGCUACUAGCUCAACUAAUAGAUGACGAGUACAAUAAAACAGUCACGCGCUGCCGUUUACGUUACCUAAGUGAAAGGUAGCAGCGAUAUUGGUAACAGAGAAACGUUGGCCCAGAAGCCGCCUGUGCAACGUUGUGCGACACCUUUUUUCCCUCCAGGCAACACUAGAAAAAUUGGAUUUGGAAGUUGAGCCAUGGAGCCCCUCCGCCUAGACGCAUAACCUAGUCUGUUGCAUGUGGUUCGGUAACCCGGAGUACAGUCGAUCGAAGGGAUCUUAUCUUCUUGCUGGCUUGUGUCUCUCCGAGAAGCGUGUAAGAUGGCUGGAAGUGACUGCUCGUGGAAAUAUUACCUCUGGAUUUUGACAGCCAUGUGCAGAUACGCGUUACCCGCAGCCAAAUCACUGGAGUCUGUCGUGUGGAAUUCACAAAAUCACAAGUUUGUGUCUGGGAAGGGCUUGGUGAUCUACCCGGAAAUCGGUGACAAACUGGACAUUAUCUGCCCCAAAGGGGACAUGGGAAGACCGUAUGAGUUUUAUAAACUCUACCUGGUGAAGAAAGAGCAGGCCGAGUCCUGCAGCACCAUACUGGACCCCAAUGUGCUGGUGACCUGCAACAAACCAGAGAAAGACAUCAAAUUCACCAUCAAGUUCCAGGAGUUCAGUCCAAACUACAUGGGACUUGAAUUCAGACGCAUGGCAAACUAUUACAUCACCUCAACUUCUAAUGGAACACAGGAAGGGUUGGAAAACAGAGAAGGUGGGGUUUGUAGCACGAGAUCCAUGAAGAUCAUCAUGAAAGUGGGCCAAGAUCCAAAUGCACCAGAUCCAGAUUUAACGGACCUCCCAGACCGGGACCGGGACAAUGAGAUCAAGGACCCCACAACCAGCCCUUCCCGCAAGAUAGACCGAGACCGAAGCAGAGACGCAGAUGGGAACGGAUCCAUAAUGCCUGGCAGAGACACGAGAAACCAGGAUAACAGUCCCGGUUCGGUGGAAGGUAUUUUCGGCUCUAAACCGGCUCUCUUCGCUGCCAUCGGAGCCGGCUGCGUCAUCUUCCUCCUCAUCAUCAUCAUCCUCAUCGUCUUGCUCCUCAAGCUUCGCAAGAGAACCCGCAAACACUUGCAGCCCAGGGGCGGAACUGCCCUGUCACUCAGCACUCUGGCCACACCCAAAGGAGCUGCCCAGGCCGGCUCAGAACCGAGUGACAUCAUCAUCCCCCUGCGGACAUCAGAGAAUAACUACUGUCCGCACUAUGAAAAAGUGAGCGGAGACUAUGGGCACCCCGUCUACAUAGUGCAGGAAAUGCCACCCCAGAGCCCUGCCAAUAUCUACUACAAAGUCUGAGAGAACAAGGGCGAAGCAACCGCAAUAAGAACUAGUUUUUGUAAGGUAUCCUGAAUCUUUUUUUCAUUACCUAACCCCGUCUGCUCCGUGUGCGAGAGGGAGAAGUGGAAAAGAGGAAUGAAAAAGACUGUCGAUGAUAUUCCUCUCAGAUUUCCUUCCCUCCGUCCCUUUUCCGAACACUACACUGUGUGUAUGUGUGUGUGCCUGUCGCUCUCGAUGUGUGUGAAACGGCAGAAAGCCUCUCCAAAUUGCGUGGCACUCAGGCACAGACUUCACUGCUGAAGAACAGCCGACAACCAAUCACAGAGGGCCACUAGAGUGACAUCACAAAGCAGGAAGCUCUCAUUUGUGUUUUUUGUACCAUUACGACUCCUCGCUUAGUUUUUUGUCUUUUUCAUCCGUCACAGUGUUUCGUUUUUAUCAGUAUCAACUUGAUUCUUGCAGCUUUCGCAGUGUCUCGCUCAAAGAAAAUGUCUUAAACACUCUUACGAAUG